ACGGGCUGUAUUUCUGCCUGAAUACUGAGGACAUGCGCGCUGAAUGGGGGGAGGAGGUGUAUCACAGUCUGUCUGCUUCUCAUGUUUUCGGUUGACUCAAUUACGAUGCGGAUCUCUUUUAUUUUCUAAUCAUCUGUUCUUGUGGGAAAAAAAGUGAAGAAGGUUUGUUGUUUUCUACAUUUAGAGACAUGCUAAUAAUUUGACACUUUGGAGCUUUUUUUUGUUUGAGUCUUUUCAUUAUUAGAUUUUUUUUCUAAUAACCGAUCUACCCAGCCGCAAACCUGAAGUUCAUCGUUAUUAUUUUGGCCGCCGGGAUGGUGGCCUUCGUCGGAGCGGUUAUCUGCAUCAUCGCCGCCGUCCACACCGGAUCCUCCAGGGCUGCCGCGGCUCAGCAGAGACCGCCAGCCGACAACCACUCUCUGUAUCCGGAUGCGCAUCAGAGCCGCGGCGCGUCGGGCUCCGUGGCUCGGCCCGGAUCUCUGGGAGCUCUCCAUGGUUCUGAAACACCCGAUUCAGAAUCACCCACUUUCAAUGUUGGUCUCGGAGGGCUGGACGGGGUCAGUGGACUCACCGGGCAUGACCCCACGGUGAGUCGACUCAUCUGCACACCGAUACCAGCUGGAGAGUGCAACCCGAAAAACUUUCAGCAACAAGCGGAUGAUCCGUCGCUGUACGCCGGGGAAGACUGGGGGUAUCUCCGGACCACCGCCGAGGAGCUCCGGCAGACCGUGCUGCAGCAGAAGGACCAGAUACGGACGGACCAGAGGACCAUCCAGGAGCUCACAGGGAAACUAACCGAGUGUGAGAAGGGGUUGGACGGCAAGAGCAUCGUGGAGAGACGAGGCAGCGCUGCGGGGCUGUGGGGGGGCAGAGCCACCGCGGAGGAGACGCACCUGGAGCGGGUCAUGGUGCGGGACAGCCCGGGGUCAACACCUGAGAGCGGCCACAUGCUCACCGUGAGGGCUGUGGAUGAGCUGGAGCAGGCGAUCACCCAGCUCAAAGACCGCAUAGAGAAACUGGAGGUAUGUGUCUCAGGGCAUUCUUUCCCAGAGGGCUACAGGCUGUCCUUUCCAACUCGGACAAACUACAUGUACGCUGUCGUGAAACACGCCAUCCCGGCGCUGCGGGCGUUAACCGUGUGCCUGUGGCUGCGGCCCGCGGAGCGGGGGAUCGGGACGCCGCUGUCUUAUGCUGUUUCCAAACAACCCAACGAACUGGUGCUGAUGCAAGGCCUGCACACCCCCGCUGAGCUGCUCAUCAAUGAUAAGGUGGCGCAGUUGCCUCUUAACCUGUCCAAAGGCAGCUGGCAGCACAUCUGUGUGACAUGGAGCCAGAAAGGAGGAGCCUGGCAGGCCUACCAGGGGGGAAAGCUGAGGGGCGAGGGGCGCGGAGUGGCCGCCGGACAUCACGUCAGACCUGGAGGAGUGCUCAUACUCGGGCAAGAGCAAGAUUCCCUAGGUGGAAGUUUUGACUCAUCCCAGGCCCUGGUGGGAGAGUUAUCCCAGGUGGGUAUUUGGGACCGGGUGCUGUCUUCCAACCAGGUGGCUAGCUUGGCCCGCUGUGGCAAAGUAACCCAGGGCAGCGUGGCCCCCUGGACCGAGAGCGGAGUGGAGGUUAACGGAGGAGCAACGAAGGACCCUGGGGAGCCUUGUAGUAAACACAACAGGAAUUCUCAAUGACGAAUGGGGGAAUGGGAAGAGAAGGGAGAGGUAGAGUUGUAGUCCUUUUAAGAAUGGGUGGAUUUUUUUUAACAACUCUAUGUGGCAUGGACUGACAAGUAAAUCAAAAAUGUAAAGUGAGGCGUUGCAGUUACUUUACCACACUUCUAGCAACCACAUACAGUAGGCUACAAUCAUUGAGGUCCACUGGAAAAUUGUGCAAUACGAGAUGAGAUUUGUCAUAUAUAUAUAGCUGUAUUUUUGGUAGGACAAUUCACAGUAAUUUCGAAGUUCAAAAAUUAUUGUUAUAGAUCUGUCUCCAGAUUCAGGCGACACUAAACUAUUUGCUCAUUGGUCUUAGCUCAUCUAAAAGUUGCAGCCUUGCUACUUGCUAGCAGACAAAGCAGCAUGCAACGAAUGUUAAUAUGUGAAUUUAGCAAACAAUUCAUCUUUCUGUUAGCUAUUAAUCAGUGAUUAAUGUACAGGCAAUGACACAGUGAAUGUUAGCCUACCAAUAAUAGUAUACUAGCUAGCUAAAAAAACGGUCACUUUCUCAGCUUUAAAGGAAGUGUUAAGCAUUUUGUUCAGCUAGCAGACAACAAAUGUGAAUGUUAAGAUUUAAUGCUAGCAGACAAUUGAAUCUUCUGCUAGCUAUUAAUCAGUGGUGAUGUGUAAGCAAUGAUGCAAUGAUAGGUUAGCUUACCAAAACUAGCAUGUUAGCUAGCUUACCAACUGUCAAUAUCUUAACGUUAAAGAAAUUGUUCAACAAUUUACUACUCUCAUGUCUUUACAGUGAAUAUCAAGCUACCUUCAGCAGCUGGAUAACGUAGCUUAGCUUGAAACCGUUAACAGCUGGUGCUAGCUUCAUACUUAGCGUAACUACACAUGUGAGUAUCAAACUUCCUAUCAAACCUUCAGCAAGAUUGUAAACGAGUUAUUCCCAAAAUGUUUAGUGAUGAUUAGAUUAGUAGAGAUGUUGUCAUCUGUGCAUAAAUUACCACUCUCUAUUCAACCCACUCUCACGGCAUUUCCUGUUAUAGUCACAAAAUUAAUUUAAUCUAUUGAUUCGUGUUCAUCGACACGAUUUUUGCAUUUUUUUUUGUGUCACACAGAACGAUUUUAAAAGCAAUGUAUUUCUAUUGGUAGUAUAAAAAUCGUGUUAGUGAACACGAGUCACAUUAAUUUCGUGACUAUAACACGAAAUGCCGUGAGACUGUGUUGCUUUAUUCAUUCUAACGGCCUAAACUGGGUGAAAUUGAAUAUGUAUUUCACAGUUGUUGUAAGAGCUGCUGACCUCCACUAGGCUGCUAGAAGUUGUGUAAAGCUGAAUCCCUCCUCCUCAAGGUCGUGUUUGAGUAAAUUAAGGGCUGCGACAGAUUUAGAGAAGGGAGUGGUAAGGUGAUGAAAGCAUUGGAGAAUGUUAAAUACAGAGGAGAAGAUGAUGAAAAAGAAAGGAAAGACGAAGUUAAGAGAUAGAUCUGACACUUUUAAGGAGUGAUGUUACAUUGUUUUCACCUCUGCAUGAUGUAUUCAUAUAAUUACUUGCCACUGCACUGUGCAGCUCACAAGUUUCACAAAAGAAUACAGUGCCUCCUGCAUCCAUUGCUGGUGGGUGGCUGUCUUUGUGUUUUCUAUAAAGGCCUGAAGCCGAAUCAAAAACAAAAAAGGUCUUAUUCCCUAAGGAAAUCAAUACCACUAGCUGAAUGCUAUUAUUUUCUGGAGGCACUACACAUACUUUUGACAAACCUUUGCCCCAUUUAUGUCAUUCUUACAACCUCUAGCAUCUUGAAGCACACUCUUUGUUAUUUUAAGGGGACAUUUUUAGGUUCAUACUUGUAUUUUCGGUUUCCAGUAGAACAUAUUUACUUGCUUUAAAGAUUUUUCAUACUGUCUUGAUGAUGGGGUUGCAAGAAAAAUAUAGCCCACCUUUCCAUCGCCAGUUCUCAAGCUGUGUGAUGAGAUACUCAGAUGGAGGGUAGUAUAUGUUAAUAAGCCCACAUGUGACAUAGGAAGAGGGGACAAAUGUUAAUGGUUUGUUUAACGACAUCACAUUUCAUGACCUGUAUAAAGGUCUGACUGUGAUGUCAUAUAUCACUUGUCUUGGUCAGCAUUCCAGAUACACGAAUGUAUGUAAACAAACACUUAAAGAGAUGAUAUGUUUUCAUGGUCUUGAAUGUAACUUUGAAACAUACAUAACAUAUACCUAGACUAUUUUAAAACUGGCAUAAUGCAACAUUUACAUUUGUUUUUAUAUUGACUGUUUUAUUUUUGCAAUAAUAUACAUGCAACCUCUCAAUAAUGUGGUUUGAUUCGCAACCUCUAACUCUAACAUUCCUACAUUCAUGCCCGUGCAAAAGUGACGCUUCAGAGAGGUAAGUGGAGAGUCACAGUUUGAUAUAUUGGGCCACUGACCAAGAGAGAAAACACCCUGUGGGAGAUGAAGUUAGAAACAGAUUGUUCAUUUCACACUUUCUCAAACACUGGCUCUCCUUAGCAUAAAAUAAUCCUUAGUGGAAAGUGCCUGUCAGGGUGUUUGUACCCAUGUAAAAAAGAAAAAACAUCUCAUUUAAUAUUCCGUCGGAUAAUUUUUGCUGCGAGGUGAACUUGAGCUAAUUAAGCAUCACUAUUUCUGUGUUUUUGAUGAAACAUUUGAAAACACGGGACUUAAGUGCGGUGCCGUUGCUUAAUCAGGUCAAAAUCAUCUCGCUGUGCCUAACAGUGUCUUUGAAGAGUCCUCUCAGUCUGCAGUGUUAUUAAUAUUAUUAUGCCUGGUGUCUGUUCAGCUCCUGUAAGAGCUUUCUUUUUGGGCUUUUUGAUAGUGGUGUGAAAUUACUCUGUUUAUUGGAAUAGAAAGCUUUUUAACUCAAAGAAGUAUCGGCAAUGUUUUCUUACAUGACACAUUUGUUUUUCACUGUUUGCAUUGGCUUAAUCUCAUUUUGUUGUUUGUAUAAAUAAUGUAUGUCCAUGACUUGUAUGGUGUUGUAUUGUUCUGCAUAUGUGCUGUGUACAAACCUCAAAUCUGUAUUAAAGUCUUAAUUUUCAGAUGUAAA